UAAGUUCGCAUACCAGAAACCGUCCCCUAAAUAAUCUCCAGGUAAAUCCGAGGUACGGCCUAGGUUUGGAUUCUCCAACCUAGUCAUAUCACGCAUCUUGCCUCAUAUUACGCCUGAAGUCAGUGGAUAGGGACUUUAAACGACUAUAAGCCAUAAAAUACCAAAAUGCUGGCCAAUGUCCCUUUUGCUCUGGUCGUUGUAGCAAAUAUAUGCCUCCAGUACAAUGCAAUGACUAUUGAUCCAGCCUUCGCAAUGUGUUAUAAUCUAUGUCCAACCACAACUACUACUACGUCAACUUCAGUGUCAACUUCUACAGCCAGUAAAACAGCUUCAGAGCCUACUACUAAAGUCACCAAAACAACCCCAGUGCCUACUACUACAGUUAGUAAAAUAAAUCCAGCAUCUAAUCCUACAGUCACUAAUCCAACUGCAGCGCCCAUUCCUACAGUCACUAAUACAACUCCAGCGCCUACUACUACAGUCACGAAAACAACUCCAAUUUCUAAUCCUACUGUAACAAAUACAAUACAAGGACCAACUAGUACAACACCAGUGCCAAUUACUGGAGCUUUUAAAACAACUCCAGCGGCAAUUACCCCAACCGCUAAAACAGAUCCAGUGUCAACCACUCUAGCCAUUAAAACAACUGUAGCGCCAACUACUGCAACUACGAAAAUAACGUCAGCGCCAACAGCGACAAAAACUAAAACAACGCAAGCGCCUACUGCAACUACCAAUGGAAACACUCAUAUGCCUACUGACAAAACCACUAAACCGACUCAGGCGCAAAUAAAUUUAACUACAUCUUCUUUUCCAAUUGCAUCAAAAGCUACUAACUAUGAGGUAACCACAACAAGAAAUACACAACCGGCAGCUUCGACCACGAAUUCGACAAAAACUCCAACAACGGUCACUAAAACCAAUAAUCCAACUUCAUCUGUAAGGACUUCUGGACCUUCGUCGGCCACCCUUCAUCUAGCGAGCACGACAAAGCCUGCUUCAGACAAAACGACAAGAGCAUCAGUGCCAUCACAGACUUCUACUACCACAAAAGGGGUGAAAACAGAGAAAACUACGUCAUCUGUACCGGAUAUUGUCACGACAGAGCAUGAUAUCCCCAAUGAUACAACAACUGCAGUAAGGACACCAACCCCUAACGUGACUCCUGAGUUAACGACAGUGCAAGUAGGUAGUACAGAAGUGAAAAGCAGUAGCACUACAACGGCAUCAUCUAGUAGACCUAUGUCCACGACAUUCGAUUCAUCUACAACAGAAGGCGAUAACACGAUAUCAUUUUUUGAAACUACAGAACAGGCAACAGCACCAACACAGAGGCAAACAACUACGUCGUCAGAGACAUCGUCUACCACAAAGACAAAAACAAAAGCUCCGGCAGCGACAACAGUGAUGAUGGAUGAAUCGACGACAAAUGUGGCAGUAACAACUAAUUCCCAUGUAACGACAUCCAAUGGGCUUACAGAUAUCCCUAUGGCAUCAGAUGCUAUAAAAAACACAGAUGUGACAACGUUACAGGGACAGACGACAACCAACAAUCCUUCAACUACAACACAUAGCCAUUCAAGUACAACAAUAAAAACACAUGGGCCUGCUAGCAGUUCAUCGAUAAUAACAACAAACUUUUCAACAACACCGAUGAAAACAACAAUAAAUUCAACCACAACAACAAAAACAGCUGAAUCGACAACAAUUGAUCGACAAACAACAAGUGAAUCAGAUGGAGGUUUGACUACAGAACAACUGACAGGAAAGGUGACCACGACCAUACCCAGCACUACAUCUAAGUCAACUUCGACAUCAACAAAAGAGUCACCGGUGUCCCUUACAACCACAAGUCUAAGUACAAGUAAAACUGACACGCCCUGGACCACACGUAUCCAAAUAACAACACCAACAUCAACAACGAAAAAUUUUGUCGCAUCGACUCUUAUCACAUCCGCAACAGAAACAGCAUCACCAAUUACGACAACAAAUAAAAUACCAACGCACACAGCUGGUGGAACUUUUUCAACCACAACGGAUGAUAUUUCAGCUAUGACGACAACAAAAGACAGCGUAUUCUCAGCAGUAACAACUGUCAAAUCAAGAAAUUCUACUAGCACACAACAAGAAAAUGCAACAAUGUCUACUAAUUCACCUACGUCCUACACAAAAUCCUCAAAAUUCACAGAGAAGACUCAAUUUACUCAGUCAGUCACGCAAACACAAACAAAAGCAGAAGGAACCUCAUUGCACGCAAUACAUUCUUCGACAACUCAAAUUGCAACAGAUAUAAAUUCAACACCGACAGCAAAACCAAGUCCAACAAAAUCUAACACAACACCAAUGACAGCCUCAUCAUCUUUAAAUGUUAACACCGUAAGUAUGAGUAUGAACACAACGACAGCUAAAGCUCCUUCAACUUCCAAAACAACUGCAGCACGAGUCUCUCCAGCUACAGCGACUGUUUCCAAAACUACAACGUCUACAAUCAAAACCACUCCUCCAACCAAUAUCCCUACCACUCCGAAUCCAAUCACAACUACAACUACGUCAACUACAACUACACCAACGACGUCAACUAUAGACUGUGUAGCAGUUUGCCUAGCCUGGGGAAGAACACCAAUAUAUACAUCAUCAUCACCCGUGACGUCAUCAUCAGCAUUGGUCACGGCAUCACCAUCACCGUAUGACAACGUGGAACCACAAUGGGAAAUCGCUGUAUUCCCACUUCAUUUCACAAUUUCCUUUAACAUCCCAUGGACAUCAGACUAUGACGUAACAACAUCAAAUGUGUAUAUCAGUAUAUCGAAUAAAAUCCGUGUUUUCUUAGAGAAUAUUUAUAUCCACAUCCCUGGCCUGAGGAGUAAAACAGUCAAUGAUUUAAGUAGGGGGAGUGUGGUAUGUACGUACACGUUACGUGUCACAGCAUCACUGUACCAAACAGCAGGCGCUUACAACGCCUCCAUGAAGCUGAUCAGUGAUGCACAACAACGUUUGGAAUCAAUACGAUCUGCAGCAGGGAUAGGACCGCUUAGUAUUGACUAUGUCAAAACCAACAGGAACGCGGAAUUUGGUCAAGCCAUGGAGGACUCGCAGUCCCCCUGUAAUGCUACAAACAUAUGUCCCUUAGGUUACACGUGCCUCCACACGUCCACUGAGACCACAUGUGUACAUAAGUGUAAGAUAGAUAACCCGUGUCACAACGGAGGCACGUGCUAUGUAAAUGAACAGAACAUAGUUGGAUGCAAAUGUAAACCGAAUUCAGAUUUGAUAUACUUUGGAGAUUAUUGUGAAAGUUCCGAUGAACGUUUGGCAUUAGAGAAAAAGUACAUCAUCGUCAUUGCCUGUGUGUCGGGUGCUGCUCUAGUACUACUUUUUGUUUUUAUAAGCUGUAUAUGUUUUCGUAAAAGACCUUUCGACCGAGGAGAGUAUAGUUUUCAAGAGUUCAAUGACGCAUACUACUACAGAUCGACUAAGGAUGAUGUCGACACUAUACACAAGCUCUACGCUGUAGAUAACCAGGCUUAUGAUAACGCUACCUUCGAUAACGACAAUACGUCCACAUUUAAAGAAGCUAGGAUAUAACGGGAGUUGAGGAAGUAAAAUUUGUAGUCGAUGGUCGUCGCUAUGGAUGUUUACAUGGAUCUGUUUCACAACUAGACACCCGAUGGACACUAAUAUUACGUUAGUUACAUAGGAUGAUAUCGGAACUGUUGAACACAGGAUGCCUCUAGUGCAACGUUAUAUAUAAUACCAGAAGGGCUGAACAACAAAUCAUCUGGUUCUUUUACAUAUCAUAUCUUGAUUGGAGACAAUUCAAUGCUCACUUCCUCGCCUUUGAGGAUUAAACGGAUAUUACACCAUGCUAUCGGAGAUGACGGUGGCGUUACUUACUGGUAUCAUUAACACAUCUUUGAUAAACGCAAUAGCAAUAUCUUUGGUAGUUGAUUCUUAUCAGGUGUGACGUCAUACUUUAUAACGUCGUAAUUAAAAACAAUGGCGAGGACAUUUCUGUAAUAAACUCAUUCGGAAGUUUAUUUUAUUCUUUUUGCUCGACGGGAGCUUAUUGGUCGUGAAACAAAACGCUUGGAACCAUUUUAUUGUUGAAAUAAGAAUGAAAGGUCAUGUAUAGGUAAUAUAUUGUGUUCACUGAAUAUCUAUGUGGUAAAUGAUCAAUUAUUGUGCUGCUAGAAAUGUUCUGAUAAACGAAAUGUUGGUGCUGUAUUCAAAACAACCAUUUUGGUGAAUGUGUGAGUAUUAAACACAAUUUAACC